AGUCCUAAAUGAAUUGGCUCGCAAAUACUGAAGGCCAAUCAAACAAAUUGCACUAGCUAGCCCAAGUGUAGAAGCAGCUAUAGCACGAUCUCGACGAUGGUGCAUCAGGCUCAGGGACAGAUGGUGCAGGAGGUCGCCGCCGCCGCCGCCGCCGGCGGCCUCCCCACGCUGCCGACCCGGUACGUGCUGAGGGAGGAGCGCCGCCCGACAGCCCCAACAACUGGUGGCGACGUCGCGGCGCCCGAGGCCGAGCUGCUGGCCUUCCCCACCGUGGACGUGCAGCGUCUUGCCGACCCCAGCGACGUCGAGGAGGCCGACAAGCUCCGGUCGGCGCUCCAGUCCUGGGGCCUCUUCAAGGUGACCGGGCACGGCAUACCGGUGGCGCUGCUGGACGGCGUCCGGGACGCCGGGCUGGAGUUCUUCCACCUGCCGGCGGAGGAGAAGCUGAGGCACGCGAACCGGGACGACGCCGGCGAGUUCCAGCCCGAGGGGUACGGCAUCGACCGCGUGGACACGGACGAGCAGGUGCUGGACUGGUGCGACCGCCUGUACCUGACGGUGCAGCCGGAGGAGGCGCGGCGGGCGCGGUUCUGGCCGGCGAACCCGCCGUCGCUCGCGGGGCUCCUGCACGAGUACGCCCUGGGCAGCGAGCAGGUGGCGAGGCGCGUGAUCAUGGCCAUGGGACGGCUGCUCGGGUUCGGCGAGGAGUUCUUCCUCGACCUCGUCGGCGACAAGGGCGGCACGGACGCGCGGUUCACCUACUACCCGCCCUGCCCGCGCCCGGACCUCGUGUACGGGCUCAAGCCCCACACGGACAACUCCGUCGUCACCGUGCUCCUCCUCGACCGCGACGUCGGCGGCCUCCAGGUGCUGCUCAGGGACGGCCGGUGGGUGGACGUGCCCGUGCUCGGCCGCGACGAGCUGCUGGUGGUGGUGGGCGAGGAGAUGGAGAUCAUGAGCAACGCGGUGUUCAGGGCGCCGACGCACCGCGUGGUGACGAGCGGCGAAAGGGAGAGGAUGACGCUCGUGCUCUUCUACCAGCCGGAGCCGCACAAGGACCUGCAGCCCGCGGAGGAGCUGGUGGCCGAGGACCGCCCGGCGAUGUACAGGAAGCUCAAGGCCAAGGCCUUCGGCGACGGCUUCUGGGACGCCUUCGCGCUCGGCGAGCGCACCAUCGACUUCCUCAACAUCAAGGUCGACGACGACGACGACAGGGCGGAGUCAGCUGGGAGCACGCCGGAGGCGGCGGCGGCCGCGGCGGCCUAUUAAUCACCUCUCAGUCUCAGAGCUACGUACGUAGCUUGCUUGACGCCAUAUGAACUACAGUCGCGCACUGUGUUUGUAUUGUACCCAAUUAGCAAGCCCGUGUCAGUAUCAUCAGCCAUGAACACCGUAUCCACCACAAUCCGUGCUACGUACGUAUAUUGCUAUAUAUGCACUUACUGUCGUUCGCAUGUCCAGUGGUGUAAGAUGUAGAUUUGGCGCAGUUCUUCACACAAAUAAUCUACUCCUAGAUCACUGCUUCGCUGGAUCUUUGUGUUGCAUAUACUUUGGAUGUGAUGAUGAAAUAAUAUGCUGGUGUUGACGUGCAAA